AUGUCCGAAACCACCAACCACAAAAUCAAAUCCGACAUAAAAAAAGCCUACAAUGAAAUCGCCCCAGUCUACCUAACCUGGACAAAACCCUCGCACGAAACCCGCCUCUCCUACCUCGACCUCCUCCUCCAAUCCAUCCACUCCGCAAAAGGAACCCACCAACUCACCAUCCUCGAGCUAGGCUGCGGCGCCGGGGUACCCUGCACCCAGCUACUAUCCUCACACGCCCACAUCAGCAUCACCGCAAACGACAUAUCCUCAACGCAAAUCGCCCUAGCCAAAGAGCGACUCCCUCCCUCCGUAAAUCUGAUCCUAGGCGACAUGAUGGAGCUAGAAUUCAGCGCAGAGCAUUUCGACGCCGUGAUGGCCAUGUAUUCCAUUUUCCAUCUGCCGCGCACGGAGCAGACUACGAUGCUGCGUCGUAUAUUCGGUUGGUUGAAGCCUGGGGGCCGGCUUCUGGCGAAUUUCUCUGAGGCCGCGUUUGAGAGCUCGACUAAUGGUUCUUGGUUGGGGGCUACGGAGGGCGCUAUGCAUUGGAGUGGUUGGGGGAGGGAUGAGGUGACGAGGGUUCUUGUGGAGAUUGGGUUUCGGAUUGAGGUUGAUGAGGCUACGGUGGAUCGGGAAGAGGAAAACGGUGGUGAGAAGAGUAUUGGGUUUCACUGGGUAUUAGCUAGGAAACAAUAG